AUGUAUAAAAUGGAAUAUUCUUACCUAAAUUCCUCUGCCUAUGAGUCGUGUAUGGCCGGAAUGGACACUUCGAGCCUGGCAUCAGCCUAUGCGGACUUCAGUUCGUGCAGUCAAGCGGGUGGGUUUCAGUACAAUCCGAUCAGGACCACGUUUGGGGCCACCUCGGGGUGUCCCUCCCUCACACCGGGCUCCUGCAGUCUCGGAACGCUGCGGGACCACCAGAGCAGCCCGUACGCCGCAGUCCCAUACAAACUGUUUACGGAUCACGGUGGCCUCAACGAGAAGCGGAAACAGAGGCGGAUCCGGACCACCUUCACCAGCGCCCAGCUGAAGGAGCUGGAGCGAGUCUUCGCAGAGACUCACUAUCCCGACAUCUACACGAGAGAAGAGCUGGCGCUCAAAAUCGACCUGACGGAAGCACGAGUGCAGGUUUGGUUCCAAAACAGACGAGCAAAAUUCCGCAAACAGGAACGGGCUGCGGCUGCGGCGGCUGCGGCUGCGAAGAACGGAUCGUCUGGGAAGAAGUCGGACUCGAGGGACGAAGAGAGCAAAGAGCCGAAAGUGACCGAUCCAGACAGUACAGGCGGUCCCGGUCCCACCCCUAACCCCAGCAUUAGCUGUGGGGGACCAAGUCCGACUGGAGGUCAGGUUAACCCCGCUAAUGGUCCAGUAGAACAGGUGAAGACGUCAGUGGCUGGAGGUCUCGGGGUUACUGCACCGAGUCAGGGAUGGGCACCUACCCCAAGCACCAUCACGUCCAUUCCGGACUCAUUGGGUGGACCGUUCGCGAGCGUAUUGUCUUCUUUGCAGAGACAAAACGGAGCCAAAUGCGCCUUAGUAAAAACUAGCAUGUUUUGAUCACUGACGAAAAGACGUUUCAAAUGAAAGCAAACAACAACAAACGAAUUAACUCUGUAAAGUGCACUGUCAAAAUUAAUACAAGAGGAAAUGUCAGACCGUACUGGAGAAUGAUGUCGAAAGGAAGAUAAACACAAAAAAGUCGUAAGGUCAAUUUAGACCGUUACGCGGCAUUUUGGUUGUCCUUCCUGUUGGUUGUGUUGCCAGCUCUCGAUCCAUUUUGCACCGGACUUUAAGAAAAAUGUUUUUAAAUUGCAUAUCGGGGUGAGCACUUGAGUGGCUAGACCAGCUGCCUGUCACAACGUUGGUUGAUUGUUAAAUACUAACAUGGACCCCCCCCAUGACUGUUAAUAUUUUAGUUCUAAUAUUUUUCACCAAAGGCACAAAUUACAUUUCACUGUUCACAGAAGUACGUAAACGUUUUGUGUGUCUUUCUACGGCUGUGUUUGUGUUGAUCAAUUGUAUCGUGUUAAUACAAGUAUAACAAUGAAUUCAAUAGUUGAUCAUAGGAUAUGUUUUCCCUGUAGUUUAUAACGAGUCUUUUUCAUUUUUUAAAAGGAAGGUCCUCGCGAGUUUAUUUCUUUCUAUAAAGACAACAAUGUACAACCAUUGUAACUUAUUACAUUUUAUCUGCAUGUUCCUUUUACGAUUGUUUUCGGUGAGCAUUUCAGACUUCG